AUGUGUGAUAGCAAAUAUAUCAAUGUUAUAUCUGAGAAUUCGAUAGAAACUUUAUUUUCUACUAUCGAACAUAUUCAAGAUAAAGAUGCUAGGAGAAAGUACCUCUUUGAAUUACAAAACUUAGUUACCAGGCAGAAAGAUGAAAGGUCUGAAGUAACUCCUUUUAGCAUGAAACAAAUCAUGGAAAGAUUUGACUCCAAAAAGGAAGAACCUUCCAUAGAGUUAUUAAGAGGAGAAGUUAAGACUCUCAAAAAUGAAAUCAGAGAAGUCAAAGCAAGACUUCACAAAAUUGAGAUUGAAAAUCUCACUAACCAACUCCAAAAAGAGACCACCAGUCAAGAAAAAUCUUCAAAGGCUAUUCUCACUGAAGAAACUGACGAAGAAGACUCUCAGACCGAAUCUCACAAGUUUGAAUCUGACGCAGACAGUGGUGCUGAUAGAAACUGCAUUAUAGAAGGAUUAAUUCCUACAAAAUACCUUACUAAUGGAACUACCAAAUUAUACAGCGCCACAGCUGAAAAAGAAAGAGGAUCUCCUAGACUUGUCAUCAACUACAAACCUCUUAACGCAGCUUUAAAAUGGAUCAGAUACCAGAAGGAGUUUAAGUUCCUUCAUAUUGAUCUUGUUCAAGUAGCUGUUAAGCCUCUUUUCCGUAAAGGUUUGAAUAUCCCUAUUUGUAUGUUACUUAGGGAUGAUAGACUUCUCAACUUUGAUGAUUCUCUGUUAGGAGUAUUAGAAAGUAACCUCGCUAAUGGCCCGGUCUAUUAUGAAACUGUUGCUCCUGAUAGUCCCACUUUUAGCGAUAUAAAACCAGAGCAUAAAAGAAAAGAAUCUCUAGGUGUCCUAACUGCCAAUGAUAUCUUUUUCCCUGACAAAAGGAAGCUUAACAAGUGGUGGAAACUUCCCAAACACCAGAACAAAGUUGACUAG